AUGCCAGGCUCACAUGUCCUUAUCCGCCGCGGGGUCAGCCUUGCCUGCUUCAUCGGGCCGAGUUAUGCGAAUAAAUUAGCGCUGUAUCAUGUGUACUGUGUGUUGAGGCGUUUUCACACGGCGUCGGUCGACUCGAGGUCCAGUCUGAAGGGACAUUCGGCGACUGACAUUUGUCUAACCGAUCUUUGUCGCCAUAGAACGCGCAAGCCAGGCGGCUGCAAGUUCACAUUUAUUGCGGAAUUGACAGUCGCUGAGCCGAUUUUGCUCGCCCGACGAGGCCGGAACUGUCCACGAAAAGCGGUACAUUUUGUCGCAUCUAUUGGUCGCCACAACAACGACAUUUUGCUCGCAUGCGCAAAAAAGGAGCAACACGACAGAGAAACAAUCAUGAGUAAAAACUUGAUCAUUCCAAAUCGUUAA